UGUGCGUCGCACUGCGUACGACGUUUUGAAACCCGAAUGGUGGUUGCGCUCCCCGGUUUCGCCGCCGCGGUUCGGAAACAGAGCUGGCCCUGACGAGCGAACGGCUGCCCGCUUUCGCCUGGCUUUUUGGGAUGUACGAAUGGAUAGUUGACGGCAUAUCUUCGCUGUUUGCGCCUCACGCCGAGCUCAAGUCCCCCGCUUGUUCCAAGGGGGCCCGCGGCCCUCAGUUGUCGAGGGCGGCGGGUCCGGACGCUCGGCGGCAGGAGGAGACCCCCAGCAGGCCGGCUAAGCGGAACUACCAGAGUGUCCACUCACCUGACCUCAAACCUGACCACCGAGAGGUAAAAAGGCCCAGAAAAGAUGUAGUGGUCAGCUUUGUUAAGAAGACCUUCUCCGGAGUCGUAGGACUGCUGCGAUUGCAAAGCCCGUUUACCACACCUCCGGAGAGUCAAAGUGCCUGUACCAGAGACCAGGUUCCUGCAGAGGAGCUGCUGGGAGUUGAUGAAAUCCAGGGUAACGGCUUGAACAAGUGGAUAACUUAUGUGGAAAUGAAGAUGGAGAAACCCAGAGAAGUGAGGUACAAUGGUAAAGUGGGAGCACUGGUCAGGAAACCUAAUAGGACAGGAAUGUUUGUGGAGAGGACCAAAGGAAAGGACCACCGGCGGUCACUUCAGUUCCUACCCCAUCGUUCCACCCUGAAUGACACAACCCCAUGCAGUGUAGAUUCACCUGCUGUGCCCCCAUCAAACUGGAGCCAGAAACCCUGUCUGACUGUGGAGGCGGCUCUGAAAGAAACUGACAGAGAACGAUACAGACUCCUUGUGGAGAUGGUGUCGGAGAAAUACUCCAAGAACAAGCCUCUGCCCUUUGCACAGACACGACCGCCAAUUAUAAAGCCUCUUCUUUCUGAAAUGCAUAGACCAGCUUUCUUCAGUAGAACCCAUGAUGUUAUCGCCGGCAAGGCUGGUCCUUUGAGAGCAAAUGCAAGUGCAUCUGUGUGGAGAGGGGCCUCCUCAGCUGAAUUGUGUAAAAAUGGAAAAGAAAAUGAGAAAGUGGGCCCUCGAUCUGCAAAAGAAACGAAGAAUCAUGACCAGGGUGCUGUCUGCGUGCAGGCUGAAGACACGCUGGCCAGACACCAAGAGAGGUCAUCCAACACUGAAUUCUUGCUUUCUGCUGCAAAGAGCCAUGAAACUACUGCAUGGAAACAGCCUGUCGACGUGGACUUGUCUGCUGAAGUGGCAGCCCGGUUGAACCUAGUGGACUGUGCGCCUGUGACCCCAACCUGCCCUGCAAUCAAGACUCAACAGCCAGUCCAAGAGAGCUAUUCCAGCUCUGAUGAGUUUCCCAGGCUGACCCAGGAGAUGCAGCAGGAGGUAAGGCAGGCCCUAGUGCAGAAGGACCCAAACCUGGUGCUGAGCAGUGCUUUCAAGUUGAGAAUCACUCAGAGGGACCUGACCACCCUGAAGGAUGGAGGCUGGCUCAAUGAUGAGGUGAUCAACUUCUACAUGAACCUGCUGAUGUGCCGCAACGAGCAAGGCAGGGGUAGGAAGGUGUAUGCCUUCAACACGUUCUUCUUCCCGAAGCUGCAUGGAGGUGGCCACGCAGCAGUGCGCCGCUGGACCAAGGCAGUGGAUCUCUUCCAGUAUGAAAUAAUUGUGGUACCGCUGCACAUGGGAGUCCACUGGUCCCUCUCUGUGAUCGACUUCAGGGAAAAGUCUGUGAUGUAUUAUGAUUCCAUGGGCCAGAAACAUGACGACAUCUGCAAGCUUUUGCUACUUUAUUUGAAGGAAGAGCUUAAGAUCAAGAAUGGCAAAGACUUGGAUAUCUCCAAAUGGGUGACAGCCAGUUUCAGUGCCAAGGAGAUUCCUCAACAGAACAAUGGCAGUGAUUGCGGAGUCUUCGUCUGUAAAUAUGCUGACUACAUUUCCCAGGGCAGACCUCUCACUUUUACUCAGAGUCAUGUGCCUUAUUUCCGAAGGAGGAUGAUCUGGGAAAUCCUUAACCAACGGCUGCUAUAAGAGGAUGUAUCACCAUGGAAACGUAACCAGUAACAGUAUGACCAAAGCAAGGGACUGCCGAGUCAGCUGCUCACCCUUGCAUCCUCUCUAAAAUUGUACAUACUGAUCUCAACACCUGGAAAAUGAUAAGCUAUUUUUGCAUAUUUUUCCCUUUUCCCACUUGUAAAGUUGCUAUGGAACAAUAUGAAUGUGAAUGGAGGAGAGAAUAACACUGAACCAAUUGUAAAUGAGUGGUUUUGUAAAAUUACUUCUGGGUGAGGUUCUUAAACUUGAGAACUGCAUAUAUACAUAUAUAUUUUGGUUUACUUACAGCUGAUGCUUAUUUUUGGUGCCUCAGGCCAGAUUUAGUUAAUGUGCCUUGACUCUUCAAUAUACUUUUUGUGUGAAAUGUGUGUAGAUCUCCCCCCAACAUCAAUACGUACACACUUGUGACGUGAACAUUGUAUGGUGACAGUGUACUCACAAAGUGUUAUUUUUUUUCUCAUUGAUAAUUGAGCUGUAUGAAGCUUGUUGUGUAAGUACUUAAUUUUAUAGUUUAACUGAAUGUUCAUAGACCUGUUAUUGAACUGUUGGUUUGACUGGACUAGCAUGUCACAAAACACCUGAAAAUUUUGCUGGUUAUCUUGUUUUCCGUGUUUAGUAUCCUUUGGCGAUAAAUGUGUAGGUAAAUCAAGGUUUAAGUUAAUGCUUGCUCUUGUUUUGAAGAGGUAUUUUCGUAUUGCGGAGGUGCAGUUUCAUUCAUCCUCUGCGUGUUUGUGAAUUCAGGCAGCAGUUCAAUGUGAUGCUUUUCCAUAGGCUUCAUGGAAGUGUACAUGAACAUUACUGAAAUUAAUAAAAACAAAUGGAUGUCAUUGCAUUUAAAGAUAUUCAAAAA